AGCGACCGCGGCGCCCCGCCCGGCGCGGGAGGAGCCCGGCGGCCCGGAGCCCGGCGCCCCGCGGCCGCCAGGGGCUGUCGCUAAGAUGGCGACCAAGGUGGUAAAGCUGGCAGCUGUUUCUUCUGGUCUACCAUUUGCAUGUACUGUAUACGCAGCAACAGAAAAGGAAUCCAAAAGUCAGCUGGUGAAGCCAAAUCAACUUCCAAUUUACAGCUCACCACUUCUCAAAUUGAAAUACAUUGAAGAACAGCCUGGUCACUUGCAGAAGCAGUUCUCUUCAGUAAGACAGGCAACUGGCCGCUACGUUGGAUGGUGUAAGGAUGCUUAUUUGUUUGUUAAAAAUGGAAUAAUGGAUUCAAUUCAGUUUGGGAAAGAUGCUUAUGUUUACCUGAAGAAUCCACCACCCGAAUUUCUUCCCAAAGUUGGCAUAAUUACAAUAUCAGGCCUAGCUGGUGUAGUGCUGGCGAGAAAAGAUUCUAGAUUUAAGAAAAUUGCUUAUCCGUUGGGACUUACUACUUUAGGAAUUUCAGUUUGCUACCCAGCUCAGUCAGUACUAAUUGCUAAGGUAACAGGGAAAAAGGUAUUUUCUGCAAGCCAUCAAAUCUAUGAGGCGGUGCGAUCACUGUGGGCUAAAAAGGAGGAUGUCUCCAAGCUGCAGCAAGAGUCGAAAUCAGUUACACAAGAAGAUAAGAAAAAGAAAGAAAUUUCUAAUACAAAACCUGAAUCUGCUAUUGAGUCAAGAUCAUUUAAUAGAACAGAAUCUUCUCCAGUAGAGUCUUGGAGUACUAAAGAUCCAGUGCCUUCAUCAGGAACAGGGAAGACGACAAAAUUUAAACCUGACCCAAAACUUAUGGACCAUGGUCAGUCCAGCCCAGAAGAUGUGGAUAUGUACAGUACAAGAAGCUAAGAUGUCUGCUUAUAAAGCUUCGCAAAGUAUUACAGAUAAGGGGGAGGGAAGAAGGGAAGGAAUGAUCCUUGUGACUCAUACUCUGUGAGGUAUAAUUUAAUCAGGUAUUUUCAUAUAUCCCAGUUUGUAUUAUUGACUCGCAUGAUUCUGUUUAAUGAAUAUUUAGUUGCUCACUACCAAUGAGCAGUGAGAAUUCACUCGUAUUCGGUGUUACUAGUGCGACACUGAGAAAAUGAGAUUUGUCAGUGUCUUCUCACAAUGAGGUUUCUCUGUGCCAAACUUGUUAAUAAAUGACAUUUCACAAAGGAGAUUUGAAAAUGCAAACGUAUUUCUAUACUUGAGCUCAGAUUUUCACUGAUAGAAAAGAAGAAUGUGAUGGAUGGGGUUAGAGAGGCUUCUUUGUUUCUUUCUCACUUUCAGCUCUGGAAUGAAGUGCAACUUCUUAUUGCUCCGAGUAGCCUUAAAAAAAUCAGUUGUUUUGUCAUAUGAGGAGCAUUAUCUCUAAUGCUUGUAUAAACAAGUCACUUUGUUGCAAA